GUUGGUUAUAUUACACAGUCAGCCAACUGGCGGACAAGAACACUCGAGAGAACUUGGCCAUACAACACCUCAAGGCCUCGGUGGACAUUGAUUCCUCCAAUGGACAGGCAUGGUACCUCCUAGGAAGGUGUUUCUCUGGCGUUGGUCGUGUUCAUGAUGCGUUUGAUGCCUACCGACAGUCCAUUGACAAAUCGGAGGCAAAUGCUGAUACAUGGUGCUCUAUAGGAGUGCUGUACCAGCAGCAGAAUCAGCCGAUGGAUGCCCUUCAGGCCUACAUCUGCGCUGUGCAACUGGACAAGUCACAUUCUGCUGCUUGGGCCGACCUGGGUGUUCUCUAUGAGACCUGCAACCAGCCCAACGAUGCCCUUACCUGUUACCUAAACGCCACUAGAAAUUCAGAGUCCAACGCAAAUUUGGCAGCAAAAAUCAAGUUUUUACAGCAGAAUCUGGCAACCAUGCCACUUCAUUUUCAGAACAAGGCACAUCAAACAUUGCCAAGUAUAGAGGAGGCCUGGCGUCUGCCAAUCCCGGCAGAGCUGACCUCUCGUCAGGGAAACUCAGGUCCUGCUGGCGGCCUGGCCUCAGGACGUGGAGCAGGUGGUCCCGGUCAGGACCAGGAUUCGUCUCUUAGGGAGGAUGCCAAGAAAAAGAAAGAUAGGAAAAGGCAAUCCUCGGAGCCCAUGGAAAUGCCCCCUCCUCCGCCCCAGCCCCCGGCCGUGCUAUCGCCCCAGCAGUAUCACCUGAUGGAGCGGUUGUCGAAGAAUGAGUCCACCCUCAACCAGUCGCAGCAGCAUCUCCUCCGGCAGCUGCAGCAGCAGCACAAGUUAUCCCAGCAGUUUACCAAGCAAUACAGUGCUCUCAGCUCACAGACCAGGCCUGGGCAAUUCAGCGGAUCAUCUCUUCCCUCCUCAGGACUCUCUCCUUUAGGACUCGGCAGUCUACCAGGUGUGCCUUCUACGACCCCUCAGCAAGGGAUGGCAGGCAAUUUCAUGGCUUCAGUGGAGCCGACUCCCUCAAAGCUUUUAGAUGAGAAGUUUCCAUUCUCAUCUCAAGAUAUCGCCAUAGCAGAGGACGUUCUAGCUCAAAUGGCAGGGGAUCACAAAGGGAGCUCACUUUCAUCAUUAUCAUCCCCGUUUAGGAGUUCCGAUCAAAGCUUGGGCCUGUCUAUGAGUGACUGUCCGACUUCAUCCCAUUUACAUCCAUCCACCUCAUCGACAUUAUCGCUCGAUCAUUUUCAAGGCAGCAAAGACUCUAUCCCCUGUAGCAGUAACACAGGGGCGUUGAGCAGCAUCAGCAAUGGCAGUAACAGCAGCAGCACCAACAGCGGAAACAGCAGCAUCCAGGGGAGAAUAACCCCCAGUGGCCAAGGGCGGGCAACCCCCAGCUCUGCUUCAGUACAUUCCUCUUCUCCGCAGGGCUCAACCCGCGGGGAUGCUGAGAGCAAUAAUGACGAAGACGACGAUGACCACAAGGACAGCAAGUAUUCAAAGGACAUCUUCACAGUGUCAGCCACCAAGGAGUUGAGUCUUGUCCUCAAACGAAGCUCCGUGGAUGCAUCGCUUUUACAGAAAGAGGUGAAACCGUCAACGGUUGCCUUGGACAUCAACAUGAGUGGCUCAAAGAUUGUGGAGCAGAGCAAAGGUCAAGGACUUAUCCAUCGCAGUCUCAGCAGCAUCCUCGGGGAGGACCAUGCUCCGCCACAGCCACCAUCUGCACCUUACCCUCCAUUGCCAAAGGAUUGCCUUAAUCCGCCUACUCCUAGUGUUUAUCUGGAUAACAGAAAAGACGCAUUCUCCAUCCAACUGCAGCAGUUUUGUCAUCAGCAGGCGGUUGUCGUCAUACGAGGGAUAGCUGGUGCACUAAAGCUAGAUUUGGGCCUUUUUUCCACCAAAUCUUUGGUUGAGGCUAACCCAGACCACCCGGUUGAAGUCCGAUCACAAAAGCAGCAAGCACCGGACGAGAACUUUGACUCUGCUGGUAAACGUCUGUGGUAUUGUGACAGCACGCGGGGAGUAACCACCGUAGCAAAAUAUGCACAGUACCAAGCCUCAUCAUUUCAGGAAUCUUUAAGGGAAGAGCAAGAAAAGUCUAAAGGAACAGUGAAGGAGUCAGAUAGUGACUCAAACCUGUCAAUGACCUCCAAGAAAAAGAGGUUUAAGAUGAUCAAGUUUGGCACCAAUGUUGACCUGUCAGACGAGAAGAAGUGGCGGACACAGCUGCAUGAGCUGACCAAGUUACCGUCCUUCUGCCGAGUGGUGUCUGGCAACAACAUGCUGAGCCACGUGGGCCACACCAUCCUGGGCAUGAACACUGUGCAGUUGUACAUGAAGGUGCCAGGUUCGAGAACUCCAGGACACCAAGAGAAUAACAACUUCUGCUCUGUGAACAUUAAUAUUGGCCCUGGUGAUUGUGAAUGGUUCUCCGUUCCUGAGCAGUACUGGGGUGUCAUUCAGGACAUGUGUGAGAGGAAUGGAGUCAACUACCUGCAUGGCUCCUGGUGGCCCAUCCUGGAGGACCUUUAUGAGGAGGACGUCCCGGUGUACAGGUUUAUACAGAAGCCUGGCGACCUGGUCUGGAUAGGACCUGGUACAGUGCACUGGGUUCAAGCCAUUGGCUGGUGUAACAACAUUGCCUGGAACGUGGGACCUCUAACUUACCGCCAGUACACCCUGGGGGUGGAGCGGUAUGAGUACAACAAGCUUCAGAGCUACAAGUCCAUUGUGCCUAUGGUGACCCUGUCCUGGAACCUUGCCCAGAAUGUGGGCUUCUCUGACGCCAAACUCUUCAAUGCUGUCAAGACAACUUUAAUGAGAUCGUUGCGUCAAGUAAGAAUGACCUUGGACAUUGUUGAGGAGUUAAAGAAGGAGGUGAAAUGGCACGGGCGAACACCCGAAGAGGCAGCACAUUAUUGUGAGGAGUGUGAGGUGGAGGUCUUCAACAUACUGUUUGUGACAGAAAGUGAUGGCCAGUUUUUGGUUCAUUGCCAGGACUGUGCUCGCAAAGCCAGUGCCACAUUGGACAAGUUUGUAGUGCUCAACCAGUACACUUUAGAUGAACUCAUCAACAUUUACGACAGAUUUAAGAUUCACACGCCACAUCAAGGACACCCUAUUUAUGGUGGCGUCUAUAGUUGA